CCGGACGGAGACCACCUUACGGCGGGGCGCUCCCGCCCUCCUUGGGAGGGAUAAAUGCUGACUUCAGUCCCGAAGUUCCCAAGUGCAAAGUGUGCCCCGCCGACCGCCGCGGGCGAAGGAAGCCUGGGGGGCCCCUCCUGCACUGGGACUUCUGCUCCCCGCAUUCCAUUCCCCUCUUUCGCGCCGGCUCGGCCAGCGCCAGCGGAGGGCCUGUGCCCGUCUGUGGAGCUUUUUAAUCCACACCCCCCCCCCCCUCCGCCAGCACGGAGAGGACUCGCUGCUCGGCCCCACAGAGAACAAGCUAACUGCAAGGAUGUGGAAGGUGCCAGUUCUGCUGCUGGUUUUGGGAAGAACGCUGCUCUGGGUUCCGGCAGACGGAGCCGUCACGGUCCUGCCAGAGGAUGACAUUACCACCUUAACUGCGGAAGGUGGCACGGUGAACCCAGGUGUGGAAGAUGAUGCAGUGACUCCAGGUGCCAGUAGAGACCCCUCCGAGUCUGCUGGCUUCACAGCUCAGGUGCCCACAAACACGAAGAACACAGACCUUCUCACGGAGGACCUGCCGACUCUAGGCAGCGGGGUCCCUGGCCAGGAAGAAAGCCGGAGCACCACCACCUUGCCUGUGGCCACCAGUCGCCCAGGGGAAGACACACAGACAACAGUGGAGAAAGAUGGCUUGGCGACAGGGACCCUGAUCGGAAUCAUAGUGGGGGUCUUACUAGCCAUUGGAUUCGUCGGCGGACUCAUCAUCGUGGUCGUGCGGAAAAUGUCGGGAAGGUACUCGCCCUAAAACGCUGAAGAAGUGCGCCCUUCUGCCAAAACGUUUAAAAGAGAGUUUCCGACCUCCCCCGUCCCUGAGCAGGCGGGAGAAGAUGACCCGUGGACAUGCCUGGCCGCCCCACUCAAAAUCCACGGCGAUCCCCCCCGGCUUGCAGAAGUCACUGAAGGAACGAUGACUCCCAAGACUCGCUCCUUUAAGCGUUUGCCUUUUGAGAAACUUUUUAAAAAGACAUAUUUUGGAAAAAGGUGAUUUAAAAAAAAAUGCAUAGAAAAGGGAGCGCAACUAUGUAAAUUGACUUGUAACUAAGAGACACGACCUAACUCGGUCGAUGUUAGAAACUGUAACCACAUCUUUGUUCCGACCGUUCUCUCUGUUAUUGUUCAAAUGCAAAGGAAUCUGGAAAUA